AUGAAGAAGAAGGCGAUGAAGACGAUAUCCAACAAAACAUUUUUCCACGCGAUAUCCCGGAGAGAAUUGAAAUAUUUGAAUCCAAUAACAACGAGGAAUGGGAUAGCAGUGAUGAUGAACCGUGAUAUAAAAAACAGGCGAGUUGUCUCAAAGGAGCCACGUUGGCGUAAAUGUGACGGUUUCUAUGUCAGCCUGCCUUCAAUAGAAGACAAUGUUCAGAAACGAAAUGAUAAUAAAAGAGCUCAAAAACCAAACGCCAGUCGAAUUUUUGAAAAGAUUUUCGAUGGGGAGAUCUUUGAAAUGAUUGUCCAAAACACAAAGUUAUUUGCUGCACAGCAUAACAACCAUGACUUUCAAGUAACUGUUGAUGAUCUCAAAGUAUUUUUCGGCACUCUUCUCUUGACUGGCCACCACUCUUCCACGAGAGCGAUUGUACUGGUCUUUAGAUGA